CAUCAAACAAACCUACAAACCCUUCAAUAUCUCUCCACCAAUGGCUUCCAAGCUCCCUUCACCCAUUGCCCUCCUCCUCCUCCUCCUCAACCUCCUCUUCUUCACUAUGGUCAGCUCCACCUAUGUCCCUUGCCCACCGUCGCCACCCAAGCCCCACAAGCCCACCCCGUCAAGGCAGCCACCAUCACUCCCCAAGUGCCCUAGGGACACCCUCAAGCUCGGCGUCUGCGCCGACUUGCUGGACGAUCUAGUGCACGUAGUUAUCGGCUCACCACCAAAAUCCCCAUGCUGCACCCUAAUCCAAGGCCUUAUUGACCUGGAAGCUGCUGUGUGCCUUUGCACUAUGGUGAAGGCCAGAGCCUUGGGUCUCCAGAUUGACCUCUCAGUUUCCCUCGGCUUGCUUUUGAACUACUGUGGAAAGAAGGUUCCGUCUGGCUUCCAAUGCCCUGCUUGAAACCAAAUCCUUUCAUUUCCCUUUCUGGUUUCUUCUUCAAUUUUCCAUUUCAAUGUCAUGUUU